AUGGCGUUCGUCAAGCGCGGCGUCAUCGCUCGAGCGCUCGAGCGUGGGAUUCCGUACCCGUACCUCGCGGUCGAUCGCGCGUGGACGACGGACGCGCGCGCGGCGAGGGAACGAAGCGUCGAGCGCGUGGUCGAGGUCGAGCGACCGUCGUCGUCGUCGUCGUCGUCGUCGUCGGGUCCCGUCGUCGAGAGCGACGCGGUCGUGAGGUACGAUCGAGCGACGCUCUUGGAAUUGCGCGCGAGCGCGCUCGCGAAAGGAGCACCGGUGGGAACGAGCGAGGAGGAACGCGCCGCGUACCCGUGGCGCGCGACGGAGGCGAGCGCGCGAGACGGGUCGAGCAGAUCGACGACCGUGCGGACGGUCGUGGGCGUGGACGCGGAGACGGACGAUGUGCGGGUGGAUGCGGAUGAUUACGCGAUUCCGGACGACGACGACGCGAUGCGGUCGAUGUUUCAGGAUGGAGAGGCGUACGUCCACGCGGCGCGGUUCAUGCGGGCCGCGGACGCGCGCGCGUCCUCGAUGACUUCGACGAGCGGAUCCGUGCGUGUGACGUUUCGUGACGGGGCGAUGCGUACGUUUGUGAGGAAGACGAUGCGCGAGCGGUUCGGGGGACACGUCAAUCGCGAUCAUCGUGAGACGACUCGGGCUCAGGUUACGGGUAUCCUCUACGGGACUACGCGCUUCGUGGACGGCACGCGAGAGAUUAGUGUAGCGUUCGCGCAUCCGUGGGACGGUGACAUCCUGAAUGUCGUAUCGUGGUUAGCCAGUCAGACGAGCGCGGCGGAGACCACGGUGGUGUCUCCGGUGGGUUGGUUGCGAGCGAAUGCGAGUCUCGGUGCGAGUCUGCCGAGUGAAGUGACGAGCGCGUACGAGAACGCGCUCGCGCUCAAGACCUCGACAUCGGCGAGCGCUGUGAGAAUUUUCGUAUCGCUCGAUGUCUUGACAAGCGCGUGCGGGCCGCUGGUCAUGGAGUGCUAUGAUCUCAAGACAAAGGAGGAGGUGGAGUUUUCGCUGAACGGUGACGACUGCGCAAUGUGGGACUCAACUGUACCGGCAGAUGUAGACUAG